AUGGACGAUCAAUGGGACGUUAUUGUUUCAUCACUCCAAGAUCUUUGCAAGAAGCAUGAGUCACAAAGCUUUGAUGAUCUGGUCAAUGAGAAGAGAGUAAAUUUUCAGAAUCUAGCGUCCGACCAAUUGCAGUUGCAAUUGGACAUUUUCUCAACUCACUCUGAAAAUUUGGACGGCGCGCUUGAAGUGAUACGUGCGAUAUCAUAUAGUUUGAGUGAAGUGCUCAAGAUCGCCCAGGAGAGGACGGAGAGAGAAUCAGAACAAUCUGCUGCUUUCACUGACACCGCUACUGGACGAUCAUAUUGGACAAGCCCUUUUAAUCCUAGCGAACCAAUUGUAUUAGGAUCAGAAGUAGCAUACAAACCUAAAAAGGGGGGUGACGGGGAAUGGUUUCAGUGCCAGGUGAUCAAGAUCUCGAGCGACGGCACUAGGUUUGAUGUUCGGGACCCCGAGCCAGACGAGUUGGGGGACCCUGGUCAAGUUUAUAAGUGCAGCUGGAAAGAAAUCAUUCUUUUACCUGCAAUAAACACACCUAAACACUUGACGCCCAACUAUCCCGGAGGAACCAAGGUACUGGCGCGAUAUCCCGAGACAACUACAUUUUAUCCGGCGGUUGUGAUAGGACAUAAAAGGGAUGGGACCUGCAAGCUGAGAUUUGAUGGAGAGGAAGAAGUGGAUAAGGAAACUGAGGUAGCAAGGCGGCUUGUGUUGCCGUUUCCAGGACGUCGCUGA